AUGGCAGCCCGUUCAGACACGGGAUUCGACAAGGUGUCACAGCAAAGUCACGGGACUGGAAGUGAUUCCAGUCCAUCCCCUGUUGUACAAGACGAGAAGGAAGCACCUCCAAAAUCCGCAGAGACCUUCAUCUCGGCCUGGUAUGUUUGGGAGGUCCUGGCAGUGGUGGUCUCAGCAGGUACCCUCAUUGCUAUGGUCGCCAUGCUCCUCCAUUUUGAUCACAAGCCCCAGCCUGCCUGGAGGAUGUUGUCACUCAACUCGGCCAUUUCCUGGUUGAGCACUAUCUCCAAAGCCUGUGUUUUGUUCUCUAUCAAUGAAUGCAUCGGUCAACUGAAGCAUUUCGCCGUCUGGGGUAGCCUGGCUAUCAUCUUGGCACUCGCCUUCGAUCCCUUCAUCCAGAAUCUGAUCCAUUACUACUCAAACAUGGUGGUGGAUCCCUCGCAAAAGGCCUUCCUGCCAAACAGCACCAGAUACGAAAUUUCUGGCUUGCUUAGUCGCCCUGCUAGCCGAGUCGAUCCCGUACUCAAAGCAAAUGUGUAUAGCUCGCUCUUCAACGCUGAUCAGAGCAAGCCAUGGGCCAUUCCUCAGUACCUCUGCAGCUCGAGUAACUGCACCUGGGACCCAGUGGCGUCGUUGGGAGCUCGCGCGGUUUGCUCCAAUGUUACUGACCAUCUUAUUCCCUCAUGCCACAAUACCACGGAUAGUCUUGAAUUGAACUGCUCAUUAACGCUUGCAAACAGCAGCACAGCAAUCUGGUUUGUUCCGGACUCCCCGCUUCAUCAGCAGCUCGCAGUAACCCCGGUCAUGACACCCGCAUCCGCUCUGGUAUACAAAAAUGCCACAUUUAGUCCCAUCCAGUUCAUCGCAGCGCGAGGUAUCAAACCCUGGAGAGAAAUGCCGAAUAUUGACUUCGACACUAAUUGGGAAGCAAUCGAGUGCUCCAUUGAGCCAGCACAAAGCAAUCUCGUAGCAACCGACUUCACUCUCAAGCCAAACUGGGGCCCAGAGUUGGGAGCCUCCCCGACCCAGAACUUUUCGCUGUUUGGCGUAGCCGUCAUCGCCAUCGACGACUUUUUGACAAGUAUCUUCAACGGCGUUCUUAUGGAAGACGUCUUCGCACUCUAUUAUGUGCCUUCCGGCUUCGGUUAUGCAGGUAAGGAUGUUAUUGAAGCCCUGGUAAAGAGCAACAUGAGCGGCUGCAGUUUAGAAGUGGUGGAGAAGUUCAACUGCAGCAUGCACAAUGUGGCAGCAGCAAUCUCGAAGAGUUUCCGCGAUUCGGCGUACAUCAGUGCGGGUUCGGAUCCCGGCAAGGCACAAAUCGCUGCUGGACGCGUGAUGAGAAGCAUGACCUAUGUCGCUGUUCAAUGGCAGUGGAUUGUCUUGCCUGUUUUGGUGUGGUUGCUUGGAGCGGUAACGCUGGUCGGGACAGUAUGGAAGACGCGGAGGGCCAGGGCUCCCAAAUGGCGGAAUGACCCUUUGCCUCUGCUGUUUCUGUACCGAGAAGAGAAGAAUGAAGGAGUAUCGGACAGGGAUAUCGACGGAAGGGCAGACAGUUUGAAGGUCAGAAUGUACGAGAGUGAUCAAAAGAGGCUUUUGAGGAGCUGA